CGAAGUUCGAAAAUCACUUCCGCUAUACAUUAUACAGUUGUUUACAUUUUGUUUUUGAUGUAAAUGAAAAUGCCGCCAUCAAAGGUGAAGGAAUCUAUUCAAGAAAAUCAACAUAUUCAAGUUGCCGUGAGGCUAAGGCCUAUAAACAGUGCAGAGAGAAAACAGGGUUCCUAUUCUGUUGUGGAAGCAAACUCUGAAAAAAAGGAGGUGAAUGUAAAGGAAAGAUUGGGCAUCAACCCAACAACGAAAACCUUUAACUAUGACCAUGUCUUCACCCAAGAUGUCAAACAGACGGAUGUCUACAAGAGCAUUGUCAGUCCCAUCAUUAAAGAGGUCCUUGAUGGCUACAACUGCACCAUUUUUGCGUAUGGACAGACUGGGACAGGCAAGACAUUUACAAUGGAGGGUGAGAGGUCACCAGAUCCCAACCUUACAUGGGAGAACGACCCACUGACCGGCAUCAUACCCCGCUCACUGGCAAACAUAUUUGAUCAACUCCAGUCACAGGAGGUGGAGUUCUCUGUGCGUGUCUCGUUCCUGGAGCUGUACAAUGAGGAGUUGUUUGACCUGCUGGGAUCCUCAGUGGACCCGCUACGGCUCAAGAUCUACGAGGACAGCACUAGAAAGGGCUCUGUGAUCAUCCAAGGUCUGGAAGAGAUCAUUGUGAAGAGCAAGGACGAGGUGUACGAGAUACUGGAGAGGGGCGCCUCUAGGAGACAGACUGCUGCCACCCUGCUCAAUGCUUUCUCCAGUCGCUCCCACUCUGUGUUCACAGUCACCAUACACACCAAGGAGAAUACCAUGGAGGGAGAAGAGCUCUUGAAAACUGGCAAAUUACACUUGGUUGAUUUGGCCGGUUCCGAGAACAUUGGUCGGUCUGGUGCGGUUGACAAGCGAGCGCGUGAGGCGGGCAACAUCAAUCAGAGUCUUCUAACCCUGGGAAGGGUGAUCACGGCCCUGGUGGAACACGCACCCCACAUACCUUACAGAGAGAGUAAGUUGACAAGGAUUCUCCAGGAUUCCCUUGGUGGGAGGACAAAGACCUCCAUCAUCGCUACUAUAUCUCCUGCCUCAGUCAAUCUCGAGGAGACAUUGAGCACAUUGGACUAUGCAUACAGAGCCAAGAACAUCACCAACAGACCAGAGGUGAAUCAGAAGCUUACCAAGAGGACGCUUAUCAAGGAGUAUACAGAGGAGAUUGACAAGCUUCGUCGAGACCUGCAGGCAGCCAGGGAGAAGAAUGGCUUCUUUAUAGCAGAGGAAAAUUACAAUGCCAUGCAGAUCAAACUGACUACUCAAGAUGAUGAAAUAGCUGAGCUGACUACCCGCAUAGAAGUGAUGACAGAGGAAUUGCACAAGAUCACAGAGCUGUUCUCAGACACCAAAGACAAACUGGAGGAGACCUCAGAGAAGCUGACGCACACGCAGGACAGGCUGGUGAGGACCAGGACGACCUUGAAGGACACCAAGGUCACGCUGAAGGUCACAGAGCUAGAGCUGGACGGUCACAGACACCUUGCGAAGGAGUUGACACAGUCGGAGGGAGACCUCUUUGAUACAGCUAGCUCAUUGCUGCAGACGGUGGACCGUGCCACGUCAGACGUGAGUGGCCUGCACGACAAGGUGGCCCGACUCAAGAGUGUGGAGGCCCACAACAAGGUCACCUUGACCCAGUAUGAGGAGACCUACACCAGUAGUGUGGUCAACAUGGAGACCUACUUGCGCCAGUAUGCAGAGGAGCAGGCACGGACAUACGCGCAACACACCGACCACAUUGCCAGUAAGAUCACGCGGAACAAGGACCACGUGGCACGUCUGACGGACCAGAUGAGAGAGCUGCAGUCUUGUCUGCGUGACCAUGUGUCGGCCGUCACGCAGAGUGCAGUCGACGGCUGUGAGCAGAACACAGCCUGGGUGGAAAGCGUCAGCAUCGGGGCACAACAGCUUCAGGAAGGGGAGAAUUCCCGCCACAAGGAUAUAGAGAGGGUACUGGCUGAUAAGCUGCAGGGUGCAAUGUCAGAGAUGGCAGCUAUUGGGGCGUCCCUGGGACAGAUCAUGCAGAGUUUGGAGAGCCAGAGGGAGGCUGAGGAGGUGCGACAGCGUGCGUGGGCUGAGAGGCUAACACAGAGCCUGUGCCAUCUGGUCUCCAGCGUGCAGGAGCACACCCGCCAACAGGGGCAGCUGAUCGGGGACCUGCAUGUCACCAUAGAAACACUAACUCAAGCGUACAACAGCAGGCAUAAGUGUAUACAAGAUAAGCUACAGGAGCUGGUGCAGAUGACCACAGACAACCAGGCAGUCGUCUCACAAAUCUCACAACAGUCGGUGAGUGUAACCAGUCACAUGAGAAACGAGAUGGAGGGUCACCUGGCUGGCAUGCAGCAGUUAAGGGACACGGUCGAGGCAGAGAACCAGACGGAGGUGGCUGAUAUAGUGCAGCUAAAGACAAACCACUGCGCAGCCACUAGUGGGCACAUACAGCAGGUCCAGACCACAUCGAAGAAUGCCCACGCCCUGUGCAGCGCAGUGCACUCGGAUGUCCAGGAGAGGGUUUCCAAGUCCAGGGCAGCCCUGGAGAAGUAUUCACAGGAAACAGCCACCACCUGCACCCAGCAGAUCACCACCUUCAACACACAGCUAAACACGCACCAUUCAAAGACAGAUGCCCUGGAGACGUCCAUGCAGCUGCAGUGUGACCGGCUUGUGGACACCCUUGACAAACAGGGGGCGGCCUUCGACGAGGAGGUGGACCGGGAGAAGACAACUGUGUCCAGCCUGCGCGACCGCACCCUGGGGUUCUCCAGCGACCUCCUGGCCAGGCUCGAGGAUAACAAGGAGCAGAUGAGGCGCUACAUCAGGCAGGAGAUAAGCGAGGAUAAGCCCACUGGACUGACGCCAGUGAGAAGUGACUACCCGCACAAGCGUAACAUCCGCCGUAUCAGCGACCAACAGAAACUGCUCGAGAGGUUCAGAGCAGAGAACCCUGUGAGUGAUAUACAGGAGGAACCAGACUCGGACACAGAGCUGGAGAAUAUGGACACAGCAAAGAAAUGCUCAAUCGUCAUUCAGGGCCCAGACAACGAACAACUGGAUGUGAGUGACAAGAGUGACACGGUCAGUGUUAAGUCUUCCACCUCCGGGUACUCCGAGAUCUCCGGUCUGUCGGCCGUCAGUGGAGUCAGCAAGAGGUCCAACCUCGAGUGCAAAGAGAACGAUCGUCAAGGCCGACCAAUCGGAAACAAAAAACAAAAGAAGAACUUCAUCAAUGUCACGCCACGCAAGACUCGCCUACCCCUGCGUCAGGCCAACGAACAGAAGAUUGAGGAAGAAAGCUAGAGGAUCCUCUGUGUGGGGAUUGUGUUCUUAUUUCAUAUUUUAAUUGUGUUCUUAACUAUAACAUCAGAUUUUUAUGCCCUCCCUUUAUGGGAUGCAUUAAGUAUUGCUAUUGUCCCUGUGUAUGCCGUAUGUAUGUCUGUAAGGCUCGACAUUUGUGUUUUCAAAUCUUCUACUCUUAAAGUAUUGGGUGGAUCUGCUUCAAUUUCAUAGUUGAUUGUGCUUAACAUGAUGAUGAUCGUAAAAAAAGAUUUGGGCUUCAUAAAUCUUGGAAGAAUUUUGGUUCUUUGUUUUUCCACUUUAAAAGAUAUAAUCCAAAAUGUGUGUAUUUUCAUCUCCUUAUAAAAUUAUGGAUUUCUCACUGUAAAUUUUCACUAUAAAUUGUGUACGUGAAGAUAAAGAUUGGAACUUUGUCUGUGAUGAGUUUUGGAAGAAUUAUGACCCUUUCUCUGCAUGUCAACAAGGCAAUAAUUUGUUCCUAAAAUGUUGUAUUUCCAUCUCUACUUUUACUUCUGGUUGAAUGUUUAUCAAACGUUCAAAGUUAAAUGACCAGAAUCUAUAUAUGAUUUUAGAGAAAGGAUUUGGGCCUGCUUGGGGUUUUGGCUGAAUUAUGGCCUUAUUUAUUGUCUUUUUCCACUAUAGAAUAUAAUACAGUCUCAACAUUUUGUGUUUAAACUCCUGAUGAUUUGCUUGGCAGAUUUCCCUACAAUUUUUGCACUGAAUAACCUUAAUAUGUAGAUGAUUGUAAAGAUAGGAAGUUAGGCUUCAAGACGUUUUAGCAGAACUAUGGCUUUUUGUCCAACAUAGAUUAUGCUGUGGAUUUGGGCAUUGGGGCAUUAGUCUUUGUGACACAUUCUUGUGUCUAAGAUAUUUGUAAGUUGAAGUUAAUGAAUCAGUUGGUCAGCCAUGAUUGGAAAACGUGGAUAACUUCAUACAUUGAAUGUUUGCAGAAAUAGGGUGAAAUUGCAGAAGAUUGAAGUUCAUUUCAUUUAAAAACCUAAUAUUUAUGUGACAAUACCUUUCUUCAUAAACAUGCUGUUGUAAGUUAUUAUGUCCCCCACCACUAUAGUGGGGGACAUAUUGUUUUUGCCCUGUCUGUUGGUUUGUUGGUUGGUUUGUUUUGGCAAACUUUAACAUUUGCCAUAACUAUUGCACUAUUGAAGAUAGCAACUUCAUAUUUGGCAUGCAUGUGUAUCUCAUGGAGCUGCACAUUUUGAGUGGUGAAAAGUUAAGAUCAUCCUUCAAGGUCAAAUAUAUGGGUCAAAAUUGCUCAUUUAAUGUACACUUGCAAUAUUGAAGAUAGCAACUUGAUAUUUGGCAUGCAUGUGUAUCUCAUGGAGCUGCACAUUUUGAGUGGUGAAAGGUCAAGGUCAUUCUUCAAGGUCAAAGGUCAAAUAUAUGGGGACAUAGUGUUUCACAAACACGUCGCUAGUUAUUGAUGUUUCAAUGUCUUAAUGGAAAAACAGGGCUGAUUUUUUUUACCGUACGUGUGUUUUUAUCAGUAAGUUUCUGUAUAUAUUUAUAUGAAUGUACACACAUAUUAUUUUUAUAAUUAAUAUACAUGUUUUUUGGCCGAGAGGGAGUAGUUUAUGUGUAAAUCAUUGCAAAAGCAUGUAUCAAACUCGAAUACUGUUUCAUAGUUAUUGUAUAUCUCUCUUUGACAAAUCAUACUGCAUAAACAAAAGUUUAACAAAUUGAUAAUGCGUAGUAGACAUUUCGCUGAAUACAUCUUUGGCAGUUUUGUUAUGCAUGGAUGUUGCUUAUGUUUGUAUGGAGUAUAUUGAAAUUGGCAAAUAUUAGCUCAUUGCUUACUUUAACAUGGACUCAUAUUUAUUCGCAGUAUAUUUAUAUGCCCAGAGUAAAUGUAAUUGAACAUGAUGAAUACUGUGUAUUUUUCACUAUAUGUUCUGUAUUUUAUGUUAGAUUAACAUGCAUAGUCUAUUGAAGUUUUCAUCUUCUCUCCUCUAUUACUAUUUGUAUGUCUGUGCUUUAAAGAAUCAGUGGUUGAAGAAAAAUAUUGUCUACCAAUUUCUUUCUCGAAAUAAAAUGUAACACAGUA